GCUGUAAAAGAAUAAUAACAUAUUUGUUUUAUGUUAUACUGUGUAGUGUAUAUGUUUUUGUACUUGGAAAUUUUCAAAAACAAAGAUUUCUUUCUAUUCUUUAUUCAAGUAAUAACAUUUAACUAGUACAAAUGGAUUUUAGUGAUUUUCUGGUUCGGAAGUGCCCUCCAACUGUUAUGUACAUACCAAAUUUUAUAACGUCUGAAGAAGAGCAGCGUAUAUUAUCACAUAUCGAGAAAACUCCCAAACCAAAAUGGACUCAACUCUUGAAUCGUCGCCUAGUCAAUUACGGUGGUAUACCACACCCCAAUGGUAUGCUUGCCGAAGAAAUCCCCGAAUGGUUGCAGACAUACGUUGAUAAAAUCAAUAAUCUUAGUAUUUUUGAAACACAAAAGGCAAAUCAUGUUUUGGUUAAUGAAUAUCGACCAGGUCAAGGUAUAAUGCCUCACACCGAUGGCCCACUCUUUUAUCCCACCAUAUCAACUAUAUCUUGUGGUUCCCAUACAGUUCUGGAAUUUACUAAACGAGAGACUUCCGAUGAUAGGGAAAUGCAAGAGGAUACCGACACUUGUUUAAAACGGGAGGUUUUGUUUAAAUUGAUACUGGAGCCUCGCAGUCUUUUGAUAUUAAAGGAUACACUUUAUCACAACUAUUUGCAUUCGAUUAGUGAAUUAGAGCAAGAUGUUCUAUGUGAUCGCAUUUUUAACUAUGAAAACUGUGAGGCCACAUACAAAAUGGGAGAUUGUUUAAAAAGGGGCACUCGUAUAUCUCUUACAAUACGAAAUGUACCUAAAACUACAAAAAUGAAAUUGAAGUUUUAAUAAUCUUAAUUUGGGCAAUAACUAACAAAUAACAAGAAUGAAUUAAAGAAAACCCUACCUAUAUCAGUAGCAGUUAAGUGCGUUAACCUAUCUGUGUUACUAAAGUCUUCUUCUUUUGUCUGUCACUUUUGCAUUGCAUUUGCUUUUGCUCAAUUUUAUAUUUCCACUGCAUUCAACAUCUUUGAUUAUACACAUAUGUAUGUAAAUUCAUUUGUAUCUCUAAAAACACAAUUACUGUUUAGGUCUAAUCUCAAAACAGUUGUAAAAGUCAAUUCAAAAUUAUAACUUUCCUUUUUUCUUUAACUAAUGCAUUUAAAGUGUCUCUAUUAUAAAAAUAAUUAAAUCAUUAAGCAAUUAAAUUUUAAGUUGCACAACCACUAAGCAUGUUGACCACCACAACGUACCUUUAUUGUAAUAUUAAAAGUUAAGUCCUAAGAAAAAUAUUGUAUAACAAAAAGAGUUAA